UAGUCGAAGUUGUCUGCUGUCAUCCGUUUGUCAAAUUUGUACUUUUUGUUUUAAAAUAAAUUAUUGAAAGCAUGUCUAUAAAACCAGAGAAAUCUGAAGAUAUAAUUCAUAAAGAUGAGGAACCGUUUGGAUUGGGAUGUGCCCUAGAAUACUUUGCUGAAGUCGAUGAAGUUAUGAAAAUGAUUGAUAAUUUAAAAACGGUUGUUUUUGAUCAGACCUCCAUCAAUGAAAGAGCAUAUGAAAGAUUCACUUUUAUUUUGGGACAAUAUCAAGAACAACCACACUUGUUAGACUCUCACAUCGAUCAGUUAUUAGAUAAAUUUAUAACGUUGAUUAGAGAUAGGUCAAUUUCUGAUAAAGCGAAACAUGCAGUGUUUAAGUAUAUGUUCGUGGUUAUUAAAGUUAGGGGCUACAAAGUUAUAGUGCGCCAUUUACCUCAUGAGGUAUCCGAUUUUGAACCAGUUUUGCAAUUGUUGGAAUUGCAAGACAAGGAAGACUCUGAGACAUGGUCAACUCGAUACGUAUUACUCUUAUGGCUUUCAAUCAUAGUCAUGAUUCCUUUUCAUAUGUCUCGUUUAGACGGCUUCAACUCCUCAAGCGAUGACAGUCAAAAACCUAUAAUGAGUCGUGUAAUGAAUGUAUGUAAGCAGUAUGCACUUGUUCCCGACAAAUGUAGAGAUGCGGCAGCUUAUUUAGCUGCUAGAUUUUUAACUAGAUAUGAUGUGAAGGAACAACAUUUGUCUUCUUUUUUUGAAUGGGCGUGUAAAUUAAGCAUUGCAUCUGACAGUAUAGUUUUUGUUAAGUACGGGUGUUUGGCAUCUGUGGCUAUGGUAUUAAAACAUGGAAAAAGAGAAGACUUAAUUCACCAUGCUCCUUAUUUAUUGAAGUGGAUUAUUAAUGCUGAAUUUAAAGUUAAUCCUGGCACCAACAUUCAAAAACUUGUUUACAAAAACAUUCAACGGAUAGGUUUGAUAUUUUUACCUGCUCGAAUUGCUACUUGGAGGUAUCAACGCGGAAGCAGAUCUUUAAUGGCAAAUUUACAUGCAGGUGACUACAGAUCUGGAACUUUUAGUACUUCAUUGCCAUGUGAUGAGUGUGAGGAAAAUAUUAACGUUCCAGAUGAAGUAGAAGAGGUUGUUGAUCAAUUGUUUCAAGGAUUAGGUUCUAGUGACUGUGUUGUAAGAUGGUCAGCAGCGAAGGGAAUUGGACGAGUUACAGGUCGUCUGCCUAAAGAGCUGGCAGACGAGGUAGUGGGAUCUGUAUUAGAACUGUUUAAUCCUAGGGAAAGUGAUGGUACAUGGCAUGGUGCUUGUCUUGCACUUGCAGAGCUAGGGCGAAGAGGGUUGAUUUUACCUCAAAGGCUACCGGAAGUUGUACCUGUGAUACUAAAAGCUUUAGAUUACGAUGAACCUAGGGGAUAUUCGUCUGUUGGCUCUCAUAUACGAGAUUCAGCAUGCUACGUUUGCUGGUCCUUUGCCAGAGCUUACGAAAUGGAGGUCCUCAGACCUUUCGUUAAAGACAUUGCGGCUGCUUUACUUGUGGUUACAUGCUUUGAUAGAGAAAUCAAUUGUAGACGAGCUGCUUCGGCUGCUUUUCAAGAGAAUGUUGGACGCCAAGGUACCUUUCCUCAUGGCAUCGACAUUUUGACAACUGCAGAUUUCUUUGAAGUCAGCAUACGCAAUAAUGCGUAUUUGCAUAUAAGUGUUUACAUUGCGCAGUUUGUCGAGUAUACUGUGCCACUUAUCAAACAUCUGGUUGAUAGAAAAGUAGAACAUUGGGAUAUUGCAAUUAGAGAAUUAACUGCGAAAGCUUUACAUAAUUUAACGCCAAGGGCACAUGAUUAUAUGGUACAGACAGUAUUAGGUAAUUUAUUCAAAAAAACCGAAAGUAUUGAUUUAAAUAGGCGACAUGGAGCAGUGUUAGCUAUUGGUGAAAUUAUAUAUGCAUUGUCUAAACUAGCCGAAGAACAGAAUUUGAAACUAGAAACUCUUCUUGGACCUGAUUUAAUAGAAUCAGCACAGAAUCUCAUUCCAAAUUUUCAAGAGCGAUUUUAUUUUCGAGGGUUGGGUGGGGAAUUAAUGAGGCAUGCAUGUUGUGAUUUUAUUAACAAAUGCUCAUUGGCUCAUAUGCCUUUCCAUGGGCAUUGCGUGAUAGACGAAUGGCUCAAGUUGUUAAAUGAGUGUUUGACUUAUGAUGUAACGAAUAUACGAAUGGGAGCGGUCGAUGCACUUCCUGCAUUUUUGAACGAAUACUAUGUUGCUAAAUCUCAACAAGAUCAAUCAGUUGUUAUUAAAAAUUACAUAGAUUCUUUGUCCUCAAGUGUUCAAGUGAUAAGAAUGGGACACGCGCUUGCUUUAGGGGCAAUGCCUUCAUUCAUAUUACUGCCACAUCUACAAAUAAUAGUAGAUGCCUUAGUAACUGCAACUCAUAUAACGCCUGAUACAUUAAAAUGGGCGGAAAGUAGGAGAGACGCCAUUAAAGGGCUCACUUCUAUUUGUGUUACAAUGGAAGAUUGUAUGCAAAAAGAAUUUUUGGAAGAAUAUUUAAACAAGUGCUACACAACAUUUUUAAGUGGUCUCUCAGAAUAUACACAGGAUAAUCGUGGCGAUAUCGGUGCUUGGGUACGCGAAGCAUCAGUGUCAGCCUUACACACAUUAACACUAUUACUCGCUAAACAUAAACCUGAUGUGCUAACGUCCGAAUUAGUUCCGAAGAUAAUGUCAGGCGUGGCACAACAGGCUGUAGAGAAAAUUGAUAGAACUCGCGCACUGGCAGGAAAAAUAUUCUAUAGCUUUAUUCAUAGUAAACCUGAUGUUCCAAACAUCCCAAGCAAGAGUACUUUAUUGAGUCUGUUCCCUGAAGACGAAUGUGAGCUUUUAAACUGGAACUCUGCUGCGAUUACAUUCCCAAAAUUUGUUAAGCUAAUUGAACUACCUGCAUAUACAUACAACAUGCUACUUGGAUUCGUAUGUAGUGUUGGAGGCUUAACGGAGACAUUAGUUAAAAAUUCAAGCACGUGCUUAUUUGAGUUUUUUCAAUUAGAGGAAAACCAGAAAGGUUUAUCGCAAAUUGUUCAUUAUUGUGACGCAAUCUACCAAAUAUUUUUUGAUUAUCAGAGAAAUGAUCGAAUAUCGAUUCCCAUGUUUAGAUUUUUAAGUAAAAUCAUGGGGUCCGGCUGUAUAACAAACGUUAUAACUGAUGCAAACUCUGAAUUUCCUCAAAAAAUUUUAAAGUUGAUUCAAUUAGAACUGGCAGGUUGUAAAAACAUUUACAAAUUAAUUGAUGGAAUCGAUUUAUUGUGUCAGUUUAUUCAGAUCAAGAGUAAGGUUUGCAGUACUGCUUUGGUACAACUUAGUAUCUUACUCUGCCAUCGGCAAAGUUACGUAAGAAAAGCUACAUCUGGUCGUCUAUACGAAUCCCUUAUUGUUUAUGGAGAAAGCAGUACUAUUCCCGAAGAAAAUUUGGACGAAGCAAUGAAUCUGUUAUCUUCUACAAACUGGGAAGAAUCCGUUGAGGCUGUGAAACCAAUAAGAAAUACUUUAUGCAAUCUAAUGAGUAUUAAUGUGCCAGUACCUAAGAGGAAGGCAUAAUAUCAAAAUCAAUGAUAUUAAUAAUAUUAACACUCACUAAAGCACGGAAUAACGCAAUUUUUUACUGUUAAUUUUAUUUUUAUAAAUAUUUAUGUUUUUUAAUUAAAAUUUUUGCAGCUUA